CAGCUGCCUCUGUCUAUUUUGUCCCACAGUCAUUGAUUGCAGACUGGCGUCCAGCUAAAUUUUAAGAUUUGUUCUUUCACGUAUUGCAUUGAUAUCGACGUGAAAAUCCCGAAUACUAACAAUGAAGUUCAACAUUAAAGUACGUUUUGAUGAGAAUGGACGUCCAGUUGUCAUAAAUGCUCCUGAACGGGUGCGAAAUCCAAACGAACCAAGCACUUCCUUUAAGCGGAAGCGGCAGAACCUAGCACACACUAUCGUUAAGGCCUUUAGACAAAUGAAUAAAGACAGCAACAAGAGGCACGAGGAGCGGAUAAAGUUGAUGCGGGAGAGUCUGGAGGUGCAAAAAAUGCAAUUGGAAAAGAUGCGCGAAAUGGUCGAUAAACUGACGGAAUUUUAUGAGCGGAUGGACGAGAAACGGGUGAAACCCAAACCGAGUUCAAGUCCGACGGACGAAGACUAAAUGUCAUAAAAUCUCCAGAGAACAGUUAGCAGGGCAGAAAGAACAACAAGGAAGCAACUACGAAUCCGACAUCAACUAGCGAAUAAGAACUGGUAUUACUCCUAAUUAUUAUAUGAAUGAUUCCAAGAAUAGUAAUUGCAUUUUAUGAAAUAUGCAGGAACUUAUUUCAUCUUCUCUUUGUUUUUAAUGAAAUAAAAAUUGUUUUCAUAUAAAACAUA